AUGAAGCUCUAUCUUUUCAGCUUCUUUCUGGCCGCCGCAGCCAACCCCCUCGUCAUCCAGACCAGCAGUGGAAUUGUGCAUGGCGCCGUGAAUGAAAGUUACCCCGCUGUGCGCCACUGGCUGGGUGUCCCCUUUGCACAGACUCCCUUUGGCUCUCUGCGCUUUGAACCCCCUCAGGCUCUCCCUGCAAAUGCCUCUUCACAGCACAUCCAGGCGCAGGCGUUCGGCCCUAAUUGCCCGCAGUACGAGGCCACGGCACCCUCCAUCUACAACAAGAUCCGGCGCGAAUACUUCAUCAACGGCGACAACGGCGACGCCUGUCUCACCGUGAGCAUCUGGGCGCCUGCCCAGCCCGUCAACACCUCGCUGCCCGUUCUGCUGUGGGUGUACGGCGGCGGCGAUACCACGGGCGGCUCGAGCGUGCCCUACCAGAACCCACAGGCGUGGGUAUCGCGCACCCAGGCCCAUCUGGUGGUCAGCCUGCAGUACCGGGUGAACUUCUUCGGCAGCCCCAACAGCCCGGCGCAAGACGGAUGGCUGGCGUUGGCGGAUGUCCGCGCCGCGACCGAGUGGGUGCGCGACAACAUCGCCGUGUUUGGCGGGGACCCCGACCGCAUGGUGCUCUGGGGUCAAUCUGCGGGGGCGGGGCUGGCCGGGUCCUACUCCCUCGCGUAUCGGGCCGAGCCGAUCGUCAAGGGGUUUAUCCAGGACUCCGGGGCAGCGUACGGGGUUUUCUCCAACUAUACCGACUCCCAACAUGCCAACUUCACCUUUCUUGCCGAGCAUUUUGGCUGUACCGAUGCAGCGAAUGCUUCGGCUUGUCUCGGUACCGUCCCGCAGGCGGACAUUGAGUCUUUGAUCCAGUAUUGGGUCGACGCGGGCAACGAGCCCGCCUUGAGCUUCCAGUACCAGUUCAAUAACGUCACUACUUUUCACAAUUCCACGCUUGCCUAUCUUGACGGUCACUAUGCAGACCUUCCAAAGAUUCUAGCUCAUAAUUUGAUGGAUGGAUCAUCGCUUGCCGCUCUCCCCGAUAUCCCUCCGUAUAUCACUCCCCCCACGCCCGCCGCAGAAGAGGCAAAAACGCUCUACGUGCGCUGCCAGGUCGUCGGGGAAGCCAAAACCCGCCAGUCGCUCGGCCUCACCUCGUACCGUAUGAUGUACUCGGGCAACUUCUCCAACAUCUCCCCCCUGCCGUGGAUGGGCGCGUACCAUUCCUCCGAGUUACCCAUGAUCAUGGGCACGUACGCCGAUGUUGGCGGCGAGGGAACCCCGUUCCAGCACGCUACCAGUCGCGUCAUGCAGGACUAUUACCUUGCUUUUGCUUAUGAUCCGGAGAACGGAGUGGAGAGGAUGGGCUGGCCGAAGUAUAACGGCACUCUGCUUAUGGAGUUUGGAAGAUCUGAUGGAGAGGGCGAGUAUCCUGCUAGAGUUAUCCCCGCGGCGCCUAUUGAGGAUGCUUGUAUCGGCUGGGAGGGGAAUUUGUGGUAG